UUCUAUAUAAAAAAAAUAGUUUUUUUUUAAUAUUAUAUAAAAAGAGUUGAUUCAAAUAAAAAUGGUGUUUUAAAUGGUGUUAUAAUUAAUAUAAAGCAAAUUUGUAAGACUUUAAGAGAGAGUUUUGAUCAAUUAGACAAGAAAGCAAGCAAAUUUUAAAAUUAGUAACAAAAAAAGAAAAGAAAAAAAAGAAGAUCAAAACAGAUCGUUUUUUUCUCAUUAGAAGAGUUCUAUAAUAAGUAGACGUCAUCAUACGGCGUAUGGCACGAGCUGAUACGGGAACUAUCAACCAACUGAUACGGGAACUAUCAACUAACUACUCACAAAAUGAACCUUCGGCAAUUAAAGCACUAGGAAAAUAUUUCAAGAGCACAGUCAUAGGUUGGUCAUUAACUCAAUGUUGUCCAAUAAAACAACAAUUAUUAUUAGGAGUUCGCUAUUUUGAUAUGCGAACAGGAUAUUUAAACUCUGAAAAUGACUUUUUUUUUGUACAUGGUUGCUAUGGAUUUCAAAUGUUCUCUUUACUUCAAGUUAUUGCCGACUUUUGCGAAAUUUACCCAAAAGAAGUUGUAAUUGUUGAUUUUCAAGAGUUUCAUGAAUUUACGCCAAAGCUACACGAAAUAUUUGCUGAUAAUGUUGUGAAAAUUUUCAAAGGAAAGCUUUAUUCAUACGUUGACGGUAAUGGGGCAUCUUCUACUUUACAAGAAAUUUGGGCAACAGGUAAACAGAUAAUUGUCAGGUACAACAAUGAGUUUUCACCACAAAGCUAUCCAGAAUUUUGGGCUUCUAAUACUUUAUAUUCACCGUGGAGAAAUACAAGCUCAACUAGCAAGCUAAUAAAAUUUCUAGAUGAAAGACUAAAUGAAUAUUCUCCAAAACAACUAAGUGUCUUUCAAGCCAUUCUUACUCCACAAACAAAUGAUAUUCUUAAAGGAUUCUUUUGUUGUUGUUGUUCUCCGCGCAAACUUUCAAAACUUGAUGAAAAAUUAAAAACGCCUAUUACAAAUUGGUUAGAUAAGGUUUACACUUCAAAAAUGAAGGGGGUAAAUAUUUUUAUGUAUGAUUUUAUAGCAAAUGAUGGCUGUGUUCAAUGCAUUUUGCAACUUAAUCAGCUAUAUGAUUUAAAUUGAAUCGGUGAUCAAAUUGAAUCAAUUUUCAAAUUAAAUUUGUUUUAAAUUAGUGAAGUAUUUAAGUAAAAUUUAUGCCAAACAAGUUUUAGAUAUAUAAGCAAAUAUUAUCAUUUAAAUUUCUAAAUGUUUAUAAAUAUAUUUCUUAAAUUAUAUUUUGAAUAUAAAUGUUUUUUCAUUGCAUUUCAUAAAUAAUAUGAAAAUUGAGGUGGUUUAAAAAAUUAUCAUCAACAUAAUAUUUGCAUAUUCUCAGGCAUACUAUACAUCAUUGAACUUUGAUUUAGAAAAAAAUAAAUGUAAAAUAAAAUAAUUUUGGUGACAAAUAUUGACGACCGAGGGUCGUGGGUAAUAUGUUUUUAAAAUAAGCAAUUUUUAUAAAUGUUUUAUGUCUAUAAAAAUGUAUGUAGAUAAAGUUUUAUAAAAGUUUAGAUAAAAUAUAAUGAAUUUUAGUAAGUAAUGAAUGUAUGAAGUUAUACAUAAAGAAAGCAACUGUGUAAUUAAUGAUGGUUUUUAAUAUAAUGUAUAAAGGUUUUAUUAAGUUUGUAAAUAAGUUAUAAGUAUA